CACGUAUUUUCAGUUUAUAUUCAGAGUACUUGGUGGUGGGUAGACAAUUCAGUCUUAAAUUGAAAAAAAAAAGUUGAAAUUUAUUUUUAUUUUAAAGUUUUGAGUCACGGCGGUGGCGCUUUUUUGAAAAUGAAGUUAUUCUGAUUAUUGCUAUUAUUUGUAUUCAUAAAGAUUCGCUACAUUGAAGGAAAUGGCAUCAGAUUACCAUUAUCAAUAUACGAACAUGAAGAGGAUAACAAACAUCAAAACGUUGACUUUACAGUAUUAUGGAACCAUUUCAAUCGGAAGCCCGCCACAGAAAAUCAACGUAUUAUUCAGUCUAGAGUAUCACGUUAUUCAGGUGCUCUCAAGUUAUUGCCACAGUUCAGCUUGCCGUGAUAAAAAACACAGUACGUAUAACCACACAAUCUCAGAAACAUUCCGAAGUAAAGAUGACUUUGACAAGGAAAUUGCGAAAGAUUCCGCGGAAGUUGAAGUAACUGAUACAAUUACAAUAGGUGGUAUCCAGAUACACAAUGCAUCAUUUUUAGUAAGUACAGUGUUGAAAAAAGAAUGCGACAGAAAACCAUGCGAUGGGAUUAUGGGAUUAGGUCGAUAUAGCAGCUUAUUGGAACAUUGCAAACAAUUUGGAUUGAAGAAGAAAUUUUCAUUCUACACUAAUGAAAUUUUCUUUUGUUCAAUAAUUAGUUAUCCUUGGGACAAUAAUACCUCUGAACUGAUGUUAUGCGGCGAAGACAAGACAAAGUUUCGGGGUAACCUGCAAUACGUUACUUCGAAAGAUUACUGGAGUUCUGGAUAUGAAGUUCAAAGGACAAGUGUUUUGUUGCAUCGUAACGAUAAAAGUGAUUUAUUAAUAAAAGCCUCAAUUGUUCGUGUUGUACUCAACCCUGGCGCGUCAUACAUCAGAGGACCACAACGCCAAAUUGAUGAAAUCUACACAACGUUAAGCGCCACAACAUCAAAAAUUAGUAACUUAAAGAAGGUUGACUGCAAAACCAUUCACACAUUACCAAGUAUCACAUUUACAACUGCUGGCCGGAAGUUCACUCUCACAGCAAAUGAUUACAUCAAACCGUUGACGCACAAUGAUCAACGGGUCUGCAUAGUUCGUUUCAUGCCAUACGAUAACUACUACGAUUGGUGGAUUAUAGGAAACGUGUUUACCAGAAAGUUUUACACUGUAUUCGAUUGGGAGACGAAUGAAAUUGGAUUUGCCGAAAGCAUUCACGGGCCAGCUCAGAUAAUGAUCUUCCUUUUUUAAUGGAACGAUGAAGUAACGUUUCAGGUACUUAUACACAUUAAUUUCUAUAAGAUUAAAAUAAUAAUGAAAUGAAAUAUUCGUGACCGCUAAAGAAUGACACUGAAAAGUUACUGAUAUACCGCUGACAUUUCACAUUCAACUAAUCAACACAUUAUACAUAGGUACAGGUACCUAUACCUACAUAAAUAUCGCGUUAGUGAAAAUUUGAGAAAUGCAUAUCUUAAAAAAUAGUGUGUCACAAAUGCUCGAAAAUUCGGUAGGCGAUUAGCAAUAUUCAAUAUUUCAAAAUGAUAUUCGAAAAAUGAAUUUAAAAAAUAACAAUUACUUAUAGAAAUUAAGGUACAAUUUCAACAUUAAACAUUUUUGUUUCAAUCUUUUACACUCUAUAAAAUGUAAUUCAGACACUUGUACUACCUUCAUUACCUAACAGUUUAAAAUAUCAUUCAAUUUUCAAUUUUUUCAUUAAAAUACCUGAAAUUGCAAAACAAUCUAUGAAGUAAUUCCGCUAACAUCACUCAAACGUAUUCGAUUUACCGGAAUAUACCUAGGUAUUUCGAAUAACCAUUCAAGUUUUGAAUAUUUGAUUUUCACAGCACACUUGUCGUGAUUUUAUUCGUGAUUUGAAUCAUAGAGUCAUGAAUCACAUUUACAAAUCAUUUUCAACUUCUUGUUCUCUUCAUUAGACCAUAUGACUUUCAUGUUUUGCAUUUUGUAACAUUUCACCGCAAUUAUGAGGCAUUUUAUCAACUUUACGUAAUUUUUUAAGCAAAUACUUAGUUGGAAAUUUAUACUUAUACUUAUUUUCUACCAAAAUCUCAUUAAUUAAAUUUUUAGCAAUUUUCAGCUAAAUAAUAAAAAACAAUUACACAGUUUUCGUCAUAUUUUGUGCAAUUUUUUGCAAAUUUUUACUGUGCAUUGAGAGUUUAAGUAUAUCGAUUCAUUUUUGGUACUGUUCAAUAACCUACUCAUAUGUAUCAUUCGCGAGAUUUCGUUGUAUUCUAAAAUAUUUCAGUAGUUUUAAGUAAGUAUACAUAAACGAUAAUUUAUUUUGGAUAAUGCAGCUUGGUAAAAAUGCCAAAAAGGAGCACGAAAUGAGUACAUAUGUAUGUUUUCAAAGAUAAGAUACUUAAUAAUUCACCAAAAGAAACAAAAUUAUUAUAAUUAAACCUAAUUCGCAGCAGUUUCAUGUAGAUCUAGGCAAUAAAAUGCCUGUCAAGUAAAAUAAAAAAUUAUUCGGAGAAUGACGUGCUUCAAAUUGCAUUCUCCGUAAUUCGGUCAUUUGUUUUUCUGGUACCAUUUGUACUGCAAUAACUGAUAAAGUUCUCUCAGUAUCUAACUGUAUUUUUUAUUAGGUAUUUAUUAAGUACUAGAUAUUUAGGUAUUAAGUAAUAGUAAGUAUGAUAUGCUAUGUGUCUCUUGAGCAAGGCGUUCGUUUAUAUUUUAAGAAAAUCAACUAUUAUGUAAUCAGGUAGUACCUACCUAAUUAUGUUACUUAUCUAUUUUACUUGUUUCAAAUUAAUAAAGUUAUUUCAAUAA